AUGAACCUAGUGCUAACAAUGUAUGCAGUAUACAAUAUUAACGGCGAGACACCAACAAAUGACCAAGUCUGGCGGUCGCUCAGAAGCCUCGACACCCCGAAAAACAUAUGGGGAUUCCUAUGGAAGAGUUUGCACGGUGCCUACAAGAUUGGAGAAUUCUGGGACAAAAUCCCCAACUGUGAAAUGAGAGGAAGGUGCGGGCUAUGUGACUUACCUGAGUCUAUGGAACAUAUCCUCCUCGAUUGUGACAAGUCCACAGCUUCCAAAACAAUCUGGAAAGCCGCCAAAGAGUUAUGGCAGAAACAUGAAUCAAAUUGGCCAGGCGUAUGCUUUGGCACAAUCCUUGGAUGUAACUUGAUAACCUUUCGUGAUCCGCAAAAGAAGUUGAAACUGGAAACGACCAGACUAUUCAAAACCUUAAUUUUAGAGUCAGCACACCUCAUUUGGAAACUUAGGUGCAAAAGAACCAUCAAAUUUGGUGGGAACAGAGAAAAAUACCAUUCUGAGGCCGAAAUCCUCAACAGAUGGCUCCACACCAUCAACAUGAGACUAAAAUUCAACAGGCUACUCACAGACUCUAUGAGAUAUGGGAAAAAAGCCAUUAAGGUAGACAUGGUUCUAAAAACCUGGAGUGGCCUUUUAAAAGACAAAGAUAACCUUCCAGAUAACUGGAUCUGA